AUGUAUAUUUUACUCUAUCACCUUUUACAGCUUGAAACCUUUGAUAUAAAAAUAAUCACUCAGCAACCGAUAUUGACACACCCUGGGCCCAUAUAUCAACUAUCACACCCAAUUGUGGUACACAAUAUGCCCUCAAAGGAAGUGGAUAUGACGAGCCACGGUGAAUUGUAUAAUUUGGCUCAAGGAAGUGAGAUGAAUAAGCCACAGGAGGCGAAACCAGAGGAUGAUGAUCCGAAUAGAUUUUACUGGGUUCGAGAGAAAAAUAACACUUACACCCAACGAAAUCGAUUUACUAUCGAUAGUGGUGUUCUUGGUCAGUGCAAAUGGUUCGUUGACGAUGGAAAGUUUUACGCAGUUAUAAUGUAA